GUCCUCCUCAGGCCCCGCCCAGCAGCAGCAGCAGAGAGAGGCAGCGCGGGCAGCAGCAGCAGCAGAGUGACGCGGCGGCGGAGGAGGAGGCGCGGUGUGUGAGUCGGCUCGGGCAGCACAGUGACGCGGCGGAGGUGUAGUCUGACGCGGUGUGUUACGUGGUGGGGAAGAGAAUAAAAAAAGCCCAGCGAGAUCCCAGCAGCCGCGAACGAAAGCAGUGACGGAGGAGGAGAGGCAGUGUAACCCGACAGAAAUCCAGAAAUGUGACCUGUUAGGGGUAUUUGAGGACUGGAUUUGAAAACCACUGUUCCGGGGGAUGAGGACAAUCAUGGCUGCCCUCCUGUAAGGUAACUAAAUGACCAUGGAAUCUGGCGCAGAGACGCAGCAGAGCGGCGACGCGGCUGUCACGGAGACAGAAGUCCAACAGAUGACCAUGCAGACCCAGCCGCAGAUCACAACGUUAGCACAGGUAUCCAUGGCAGCUGCACACGCCACCUCCUCGGCCCCCACGGUGACCUUAGUCCAGCUUCCCAAUGGACAGACCGUUCAAGUACAUGGGGUUAUCCAAGCUGCACAGCCAUCUGUCAUACAGUCCCCACAAGUGCAGACCGUGCAAAUUUCCACCAUUGCAGAGAGCGAAGAUUCACAAGAAUCAGUGGACAGUGUUACAGACUCACAGAAACGCAGGGAAAUCUUGUCGCGACGGCCCUCGUACAGAAAAAUCUUAAAUGACCUAUCUUCGGAUGCCCCGGGAGUACCGAGAAUUGAGGAAGAAAAGUCUGAAGAGGAGACCUCUGCCCCCGCCAUCACCACCGUGACCGUACCCACGCCCAUCUACCAAACCAGCAGUGGCCAGUACAUUGCCAUUACUCAGGGAGGAGCGAUACAGCUUGCUAAUAAUGGUACAGACGGGGUCCAAGGGCUACAGACAUUAACCAUGGCCAACACAGCCACGUCUCAGCCUGGAACAACAAUCUUACAGUAUGCACAAACGACGGACGGGCAGCAGAUACUUGUUCCAAGCAACCAGGUGGUUGUACAAGCUGCCUCAGGAGACGUACAAACGUAUCAGAUCCGUACAGCGCCAACCAGCACGAUUGCACCAGGAGUGGUCAUGGCCUCGUCUCCGGCAUUACCUGCCCAGCCAGCUGAGGAGGCCGCACGGAAGAGAGAAGUCAGACUCAUGAAGAACAGGGAAGCCGCUCGGGAAUGCCGCCGGAAAAAGAAAGAGUAUGUAAAGUGUCUAGAGAACAGAGUAGCGGUCCUGGAAAAUCAAAACAAGACACUGAUUGAAGAACUGAAAGCACUUAAAGACCUUUAUUGCCACAAAUCUGACUGAGGGGCUGAUACAUUUAGGGUUAUGAACGCCUAUAGAGGAGAGACUGGUUGGCCCAUAACCAGAUGAACUUUUUUAUUUUCAUUUUGUUUCUAUAUUACCCCUUUAUGCAAAACUGCCUGACAGCGACUAAAGGAUUUCAUUCAUCCGUGCUUCUGCAUUAAGCUGUGAAUGCUCCCAGCUCCUUCCUCCGUUCCCAAGUGAGUAAAUUACAUCUUUCAAGAUCAAGAAGACGACAAACUUAUUUUAUGUUCUUUUUUUAAUCGUACGUUUUGUUACUUGGCUCUUCUGCUUUGUCCUUCCUAUGUUCGCUUCGCACUAUUGGUGAAGGGAGAGCUUGUGUAUAUACAAUGCGUUCAGGCUUCUCUUUCACUGAUGUGGCUCUUAGUACAAUUUAUACUGUAGUUUUGGGGUCUCUGCCCUGCUCCACCUAACACCUGUACCCUUCGACGUCCGCCCCACGCAUAAUUCAUUCAAAUGAUAUGGAAAAUAGGAAGCUUGAUAAGUUGUUGAUUCCAGUGUGUUAGAAGUACCGGCAUUUGGAGGAACACCAUGGUUAUUCCCUUUUGGAGCAGUCAGACGUUGUCAAUAUUGUUUUUUUUAUUCUUUUCGGACUGUUGUGCAAAGCCAGCUGCCACUCGCGGUCAACUGACAAGUUACUACGUGGAGCCGUUGUGCAUUAAUGGAAGGGUGGACCUUUCUAAGCACACCAAGGUACAGUUGAUAAAGUUUUAAAGGACGGAAGAAAGUAAAUGAAGCACUCCUCAUUGCAGCAUCAAAUCUUGCAAAAUAUUAAUUUGUAACAUACAUACCCAGGUAUCUAGAGAGAAACCCAUUGUCUGAGCACCCAUGGAACAAUGAAACUCUGGGCAAUUUUAAAAAAACUGAGUUCAAUUCUAUUUGUACUGUAUCUCUUUAAACUCAAAUCCCUAUCACCAGCAACCUAUUGUGGAAUGUUUGACUCCACGUGUAUAUUUAUGGAAGAAAAAAAAAGUUUAUUUUCUGUCUUCACUGCCUGGCCCCAAUUUGGAAAGGAUGGAGAGAAAAACAAAAGUAAAAAUUGCACCGCAAAUUUUCCCCAUUUUACAAUGGUUGUAACGGCCUUGUUGCAAUGUUUAUUUUGUGUGGCCAUUGGUUUUCUAUAUCCUCUGCUCACAGCGACCUUUAACAGAAGCUUACUUUGUGUUUGGGAUUUGUUGGUCUUGUAAAAUAUUUUAUGUUGAGUAGAGUUAUCAUGUACUAUUUGAAAUACAUUUUGUAUUUUAAAACUA